AUGUUCUAUGAGAACAUCAGUUGUUGGGACGUAGUGCAAGCACAACAACUAUUCUUACAAAGAUUGGAGAACAUUGAACAGGAGUUGUCCAAUCUUAGCAAACAGGUCAAGGAAUGUAAUGACAACCAGAUCGAAGUAAAAGCUAUGCUGCAGCACAUUGUUCAACAAUCUACCUCUUCGAGCACGGCCAAUGUUGCGAGACUAGAUGGAGUGAUAUGCCGUCCAAGCAAAGCAGACAACAAACAUCUGGAGGAGCUUUCUGUUGAGCUAUGCAUCAACGUCCUUGAGGAGCAUCGAUUAGGUGGAAAGAACCUUGAUGGCAAGAAGGUCUGGGAGCUUGUCAAAGAUGCAGCAUACAACCAGGCAAAGAAAGCUGACAGACAGUUCCCGAAUAUCACUUUCAGCAAGCUGGACGGCAGGUUUUAA